AAUCCAAUUUUAAUAUCUCUGUCUCUCUCCCCCAUUCUCUGUUUUCUUCAGGCGUCAUCUCAGUCAUCGCAGCAACUGAAGUUCACAACUUCAGACUCCUGUGACCGAAUUAAAGAUGAGUUCCAGUUUCUUCAAGCCCAGUACCACAGCUUAAAGUUGGAGUGUGACAAGCUUGCCACUGAGAAGUCUGAAAUGCAGCGUCACUACAUUAUGUAUUAUGAAAUGUCGUAUGGUUUAAACAUUGAGAUGCACAAGCAGGCAGAAAUUGUGAAAAGAUUAAAUGGUAUCUGCGCUCAAGUCCUGCCCUACCUGUCUCAAGAGCACCAACAGCAGGUCCUAGGAGCCAUUGAGAGGGCCAAACAGGUGACUCCCCCAGAGAUGAACUCCAUCAUUCGGCAGCAACUCCAGGCACACCAGUUGUCUCAGCUCCAGGGCCUGGCCUUGCCAAUGACCCCUCUGCCUCUGGGCUUGACUCCUCCGACCCUGCCUGCUGUUACCAGCAGCUCAGGUCUGUUUUCGCUGUCCAGCAUCCUAGCUUCACAGGCUCACUUGGCAAAGGAAGAGAAGGCAGCACGUGAGGGGGGUGACAGCCACCGAGACGAGGAAGGCGACAAAUCAGAUUAACAUCCUUGCCCAAAGUGCAGCAGGGUGGCAGAUUUUGCUCUUUCUCUCUCUUUCUAUCUCAAGCUCUUUCUGUUUUUUUUUCCUUAUUGUUUCCCUUAUACCUUUUUGUUUUGAAUGGGCUGAUGACACAGAAACAGCUAUAUCUGGAGCAAGGGUGAUAUUUGCUGAAGCAGAUUAUAAAUAUUGUCCUCUCCAUUUCCGUCAGGUAUAAGCCUUGCAACUUCCACUUGUACUUUUGCUCUGGCAUGGAACCACAUCUUUAAGAUGAAGUGUAAAUCUUUUUUAUAUAUUAUUUUUGCCCAGUGUAAAAGUAAGUGGCAUCAAAAAAGUUUGUUUAAAUAUUUGAAGGCUUUGCAAUUUUUGCCUACACAUGUUUUCAAAAUAGCCUGUCAGCUUGGAGUGUAAAGCUGAAAGGAUCAAAAUUUUCCCAUCAUUUCCUUUUGUUUUCCUCUUAACUGAUGAUGAUGAUGAUGUAAAUGUUUAAUUUGUUACUUUUAUUGUUAUUCACUUUUUGUUAAUUUUUGUUGAGCCAUUUAUGACAAAAGUUAGAAAGUUUUGAUUAUAAAAUUAGCCUCUGUGUGCUCUAAAACUAGAUUAUAUAAAAAGAAACUACAGCAUGCAGUCGGCCGUUAAUGCCAUUAAUGCAUAACAACAAAAAUGAGAAACUAUGGGGGAAAAAAAAAACUAAAUCAUCUUUCAGACUGUUUUUUGGACAUGCACCCUCCAGAGCAUUUUGACUUGGAAGUGUGUGAGCUGCAUGGCGAAAUGUGCUGGGAUGCAGCGAAAGAGAAGGUAAUGCCACUGAACCGGCAUAUAUAUACUCUGACGACCUCUAGCAAAAUUUAAUAGCAGGUAUACUGAUGUAAUGAUGCUCUGGUCAGUCUCUAGCCCAUACAUGCCAGUGGGGUAAAAUGAAAUUAAAAGCUCCGAGAUCUCAGUCAGGCUGCACAUAGGGAGGAAAUGGAAAACGUUACAAUGUUCAGAUAAACACUUUGCCCCAUAUAAUGCCAAAAUGAAUGCUACUACACAUCCUAUGGAACGCCAUUAAUAUUCUUUUAAGAUACGUAUUUAAUAAAAAUGAUUUCAUUAUUGUUAGCAACCAUGCACAUUUAUUGCAGACAUUCAGUUGCUAUAGAACUUAGAGUACUUCUUUUAUUUCUGUGCUACAUAGAGCUCUUCCCAUUAUUUUGGUUGGGACUCUUCAGGACCUCCAUAUUUUGUCUGCCUGCAGAAUUUCUCAUUUGUAAUGUUUUGCUGCUUAAAUGUCAUCAGUCUGAGAUUUCAAAUUCAUACCUUCUUUAAUUUUUUCUAUGUUAGUAUUUUAUUUACUGCUUUAAAUUCCCAUCAGGCUUCUAGGUACCAGGCAUACAUUAAUUCUUCUUCCAAUAUAAAAACAGUUGUACACCUGAGCUCUGUAUCCUCUGAGAGAUCCUCAUUUAUGUACACAGAAGUGGAUAAUCAGUAAAUCAUUCAUUUAUUUGCCCAUUUUAUGAACCUGUUUUUCAUUUGCAGGACUGUGUAGUUGAUGUCUAUCUCAGCAGCAGUAGACUCAAAGCAAGGAGCAGCCUGGAUAGGGAUGGCAGUCCAUUUAUGAAUCUGCUUUGGCUUGGAAUUGUUCCAGGAAAAUUAUUCACCUUUAGCCAAUCAGCUUGACAUCACAAAUCAGGAAGUAUAUGGAAAGGAAAUGAAAAUGCCCCCAAUUGUAGAAGAAAAUGAAUAUCCUUCCUCAUUCACAAAAACAUACGCAAAAUGCUAUGAGCUUGGCCAAAUACAUCUCUCAUCAUUUAAAAUCUUAAGUAAACAGGUUUUCAGUGUAUUGUAAGAAAUGUAAAUUCAUUUGCCUCUCAGCACUGUAUACCUUAUUCAUGAUAUCAGAAGCAAAUUUUAAAGCUGAUUGGUUAAAUGUGAAUGACAGUCCUCAAACAACAACUUUUCAAUGUUGUUCGAGGAGGAACAGAAACCCAACAACAUCUGAUCAACCACGGUUCAUCAUAAGGCACACCAACACUCCCCUUCGCCACCUGACUGUCGCCAGCCAGCAUAAUUAUGCAGAGCCUCUUGACAGAAUUCGCCCGAAUACUGAAUAAGCAAGGUGGGAAAUAAACUCGGAUAUAGACAGCAACAUUACACCUGCUACAAAUAAGAUUACAAAAACAAUAUAAGACUGAAAAACUUGUAAGUAGAAUAACAAUUUGAAUAUGCCUGUAGUUAAUUUAAUUCUGUAAUUUGGACAGGUUAAUUCAUACUUCCCCUUCUCUUUCUCAUAUCUAACCAUAAACGUCUUGCUGAAUAAAAAGUCUGUUGUAUCCAACCCUCAGUAUUCUGAAACUCGGAUCCCUUGAGGUUAGGCCCUAAUCUGCAAGCAGGUCAUCACAUCAGAAUGCUCUCUGAAUUUCAACACUAAUCGCCCUCCUUAGAUGAAAAUUCCAUCAUCUUUGGUAAUACAAUUCCAUGCCUCCCUGAAGAAACUCCAUUUUAGAAAGAAAAGCAGCACAUCCCAUUGGAAUGAGGAAAAUAAUACAGAACGCUCUAAGCAGUCAUUUUUAAUUAUCACAAUUUUUUUUUUUCUUCAAAUUCAACACUUUUGCGCCGCAAGGGUUUUAAAUAAGGAUUGAUCAAUGAGGUGGUUAAUCUGCCCUUGUUUAUUCAAAAGAAGAAUAAAAGUGCUACCUGUUGGUGUUAUGUUUUCAUCAGCAGCAUGUACUGUUUAGCUUUAAAGCAGUGCAUUCUCUCAAGCACCCCCUUUCCAUUUCCAACCCCCACCUCCACUCUGUAUCCUCUCCGACUCCAAUUGCCUGCUUGCCGCUUUCCUUUUAAUUUCAUCAUGCUUUUGCUGAAUAGCCUUUGAGACUGAAAGCCGAAUUUCAUACUGCUAGGCGAGUGGUUAGGGGGGGUUGCAUAUAAAUAAAGACCCUCACAUUACUAUUACCUGUAUGUAUGCAAAAAUAGUCCAGCCUGCCACAUUUUCUGGGAUAUGCUGGGCAUGGCUAAAAAUGUCUUAAAAAAUGAAUGGGGGUAUUUUGGAAUAGGUCAUCCUAGUCAAAGCUGACAUGUUUGUAACAAGUUGUGCUUCUGCCUAAACAAGGCAAUAAAAAUGCCGAUAUCCUCAUCAAUGUGUUAAUGAAGCAUCGUAAUCUUUCAAGCUUUGUAACUUUUUUCUUUAAUACUUUUUUGUGUUGUAUGUAUGUAAAACAUUCAGUGUGUAUUUGGCAAAUGUAUGUCAUUUGUGUUUAAAACCAAUACUAUAGCUUGGUUUAAAAAAAAAAUUAAAAACAUCGAAAAAACAUUUACUAUAAAGAAAUGACCAGUUCAGCAGUAAGGAAAUAUUUAUGGUGCCUUACAAAUAAAAAACAAAUCAAUGGAG